AUUUGCCAAGGGCAAAGCUGUAUUCUAUUUUUACUAACCUCUACUUCAUACUCAGUACAUCCUGUGUUGUCUUUAUCACCAGUAGAAAAUUAUAAUUUUUUUUAAUAUGACACUGCAUUAGUAGAAAAUACCUCAAAUCAGCAUUUGUGGUCAUCAAUACACUGAAAUGACAGUAUUAUCGGACCUCUCUGGAUUUUGGUAUGUACUCUGGUAAUAAAGAAGCAUAUAUAUAUUACUUUCUCACAAAUUUGUUUUAAAAAAUAUUUUGGUGACUAUAUUUCAGUAUGAUUGAUUUCUUUUAUAAUUACUUUAAAACAAAAUUUGUGCCCUUAAAAGUAUUCUAAGGAGAGAGUUUUAUGGAGAAGGGGGACCAAUAACCAAAAGAAAUGCUAAAAAGCAUUGCUUUAGUGCCACAGCUCAUUAUUAUUAUGGGAUUAGCAGGUAUGUUGGCACAGAGGCUUUCCACGCCUGGAAGCACUAGACCUCAGCAGCUGUACCUGUUUGGCCAAGAUUAGCGUCAUUCACUCUGUGCCUUAACAUUCAACAUAUGUGGAGUACAGCAUUCUGGAAAAUUAUAACCAAAUCAGCCUCGAACAAGAAACUGUGCUUUGGUAUUCUUAUCGUUUGUUCUGUUCGUUUAUUUUUCUUGUGAUAACUUUGCAUUAAUUCAGAAUUUCAAUGCUUUACUGAGAUUUCUGUUCCUGCCCGGGGCUGUUCACUUGCUUUUCUAAUACCAUGACUUUCCUUGUUGAUGCAUCCCUUUCCUACCAUGAGUUUGGGUGGUUAGAAUAGGCCAGUCCCUCCUACAUCCACGAUGCUGGGCACCAAGUGGGAUCGGUUCCACUUGGUGACAUUGAUGGACACGGGGACGCAAUGAACUGAUGUGACACAACUCUGGAAUUUUACUAUGGAAAGAGUACACUUCCUGCUCUGGCUUCAAAGACAGAAGGAUGCAAGCCAAGUGCUUGAAGCUCCUCUUCCCUCCUAGGAGAAAGAAGCUGCCUGAGAAUAGAGUGGACACAGAAGAUAACAAAUAAGAGAUAGGAAAGGAAACCCUCAGGCCCCCAAACAAGGUUAAAACAUGCCUGAAGUCAAUUCUACCCCUGGGCUCUUCAACACUGGGAGCCAGUUAAGGAGGUCAUUGAGAGGACGUGACCUCCGUUUGACCUCAGAGCUGAACUAGGUGGUAGGAGGCUCUCCUCACUCCUCCCCGUCCUUGGAAUGCGGGUUACAAUCACCACUCCUGCCCUGGGAGCCAUUUCAAGGAUACAGCUCUCAGAGAGGACUGUGCUAUUGAGAUCCUCGGACUGUAGACAUGACUGAACCCAGGUGAAUAACUCCAGGUUGUCCAGCAUGAUAGUCUUCAUUUUCCUUGCCCUCAACAAGAAAAAUGUGACUGAGCCACACCCUUGGGCCUAAUCUCCAAAUGCAGUGACCCAGCAAGUAGUACAUAUGAUCCAUCCAAUGAGUUGUCUUGGAUUCUCCUUAGGAGAAGAGGUUUGAAAAGAGCUAUGGUGCUAUGCUUGGAAAAUGAAUCCACUUCCCAAACCAUUGAUUGCACAUAUUUAAGAGAGCAAUGCCUAAGUGAUACAAAUGGAUGUAAACUUGCAUGGAGAAAGAUGGAAGAUUCAUGUAAUGUUUCAGGUAACCCCUGCAAGAUGAAGGAUUCAUCAAACUGUAACCUGAGCAUCCAGUCCUUGGUGGAAAACAAUUUCCAGUUUGAAGAUUGUCUCUGCACUGGUAACCUCGAUUGCACUAUUAACAAAUUGCUUGGGAAAAAAUGCAUCAAUGAAUCGGAAGAAUCAGCACUGUCUUUACAUUUGGCUUCACAGUCAAAUAUCACACAGUGGUUCCAUCAGAAAAACACAUCAUUAAUGGUUAGAAAAAAGACUGACUGUGUCACAGCAGCAAGUAUCUGCCAGGAGUCGGAACAUUGCACUCUGUUGUAUGAAAAUUUUAAGAAAACCUGUGGGAGAGAAUCAGAACAAUGCAAGACCCUUGAUGGAGGCUACACGUGUGCAGCAUUAAGAGAAAGUCUGAAAGAAACGAUCUUGUGGAAUUGUCAUUGCAACAACCCUUCAAAAGUAGAGUGUAUUGAAAUUUGGAAAAGUUUGUUUGAAGAUAUUUGUAUACAAGAUGUUCACAUGAAUCAAGUUCCAGCCUACGGUGAUGACUAUGAAGAGGGAUUCAACCAGGAAAUUGUUUCAGAUAACAUGAAAGAGGAUAAUCAAUCCAAGUGGAAUCUGACCACUCUUCCCUAUAAUGGAAUCAAAGGGAUCCAGUCCUGUUUGGAAGUGGCAGAGGCGUGCGUAGGGGAUGUGGUCUGUAACGCACAGUUGGCCCCUUACCUUAAAGCUUGCUCAGCAAAUGGAAAUCUAUGUGAUGUGAAACACUGCCAAGCAGCCAUACGGUUCUUCUAUCAAAGUAUGCCUUUUAACAUUGCCCAGAUGUUGGCUUUUUGUGACUGUGCUCCAUCUGAUAUACCUUGUCAGCAGUCCAAAGAAGCUCUUCACAGCAAGCCAUGUGCCGUGAACAUAGUUCCACCCCCUACUUGCCUCAAUGUAAUUCACAGCUGCCGAAAUGAUGAAUUAUGCAGGAGGCGCUAUAGAGCAUUUCAGUGGAAAUGCUGGCAGCAAGUGACUAGAAAGUGCCAUGAAGAUGAGUUUUGCAUCAGUACCGUAAGCAAGCAGGAUCUCACUUGCUCAGGGAGUGAUGACUGCAAAGCAGCUUACAUUGGGAUCUUGGGGACAGUCCUUCAAGCGCAGUGCACCUGUAGGACCAUCACACAAAGUGAAGAAUCUUUGUGCAAGAUUUUCCAACAUAUGCUUCAUAGAAGAUCAUGUUUCAAUUACCCGACCCUGUCUAAUGUCAAAGGCAUUGCAUUGCAUAAAAGAAAACAUGCGAAGGAAAUAACUCUAAGUGGAUUUCAUUCCCCCUUCAAUGGAGAAGUAAUCUAUGCUGUCAUGUGCAUGACAGUCACCUGUGGAAUCCUUCUCCUGGUUAUGCUCAAGCUGAGGAAGUCUUUGUACCAGUCAACAGAAUAUCCUAUCUGCCAUCAAUAAGGAAAAUGUGAAGAUGGAUCUGAUGAUAUUAGAUCGUUAGUAUAAUAAUAUAAGAAAUGGUAAUAUGGCAUGGGGUUAGAUUUACUUUUGUCUUAAGAAGAUAUUCGAGUAAAAAUGUCUGGUGGUAUCUUUUAUGACAUUGGUAGAAAAUUUAAGUCUCCCUUGAAGGCAAAAUGUGUUAUCCCAAGUUACAGUCUGCAUGAUUUGUUUCAUGGUAAAUUUGAAUCCAUGUAAUAGUAAUUAGUUGCAUCAAAAUAUGAUAUAUUACGGUUAGCAGGGUUUUUUUUCUGAUCAAUUUUACAAAUUCCCAUUGGCUUGCCAAAAGUAAAAUGCUAAUAGAUAUAUCCAGUAUAAUUUGUUAUUUGUGUAUUCUUACUAAUUCUCACAUCACACAUCAUGGUAUCUUUGUUUUUUGUAACUUAAAUACUGUAGAAUUUUGCUUUUGUAACUUGGUAUCUUUAUUUCAUACAAAAAUGUAGAACAACACAUUGCCUGAAAAAAAUCAAUAUGCAUUUUAAUAAUGACAUACUUCAUAUGUGAAUUUAAUUUUUUCUAUGUUAAUUACUAUGAACUUCUUUGGUAACAAAGUAAUACUAUAAUUGUAUAUUCUGUAUUGUUACUUUUGGCCAGAUUUGACAGAAGAGUGCAAUUGUGAUUAGAAAAUUGUGAACAAGUUGUUUGUUAGUUUAGUUUUUGGUAUAUAUAUGCUUUUCAACUCUCUGCAAUCACAUUAAUACCCACUGCUAUGAAUGAAUAGGAGGUUUCAUUAUCCACAGUGGCACAGAGACACAAAUAUUCAAUAAUCUGAGAAUAUUAAUAAAUAGUGAUAUAUGCACACUUAAAGGUUGAAUAUUUUCUGUUUCGUCUCAUAUCUAUUGCUAUGUUUCUAUUGUUUACUAUGCUUCAGAUUAAAUAGUCUAUAUUAAAUUAAA